AUGGCGAAGAAAGCCAAGUCGCGCAAUGUUGCUGUGCGCCUCAUCUCCAUGGCCAUGACGGGCUACUACAAGACCUUCACCCGCCCGAGAACCCAUCGCCCACUGUCUAUGCUGAAAUACGACCCUGUUGUGAAGAAAAAAGUCCUGUUCCUCGAGGCGAAACGUGGAGGGAAAUAG